CAAAGAAGGUGGAGUGUGUGAUUUCAUCUGGCCCUGCAAUCAACGGGCAAGAGAAUUCACCGGAAUCAGUAAGCUACUGCCUAAAAACCACAAAAUCCAACGGCCACAUAUGAAGCAACGGAAAGGUGGUGGUUGAGUUCGUUUGUCGUUAACCCUGACCGUGUAUGGUCCAAACUCCAGACGUUAGAAGCGAGGACACGCUAUUGCCACCGGUGCACGACACUCUUUACCCUUCCACUCUCAAUGUCUUCCCACCUUCAAUCUCUUUCGCAAAAAAUCAAUGAUUUUCUCAAUAAUUUCCUUGCCAGUUGAAAACCCCUUUAAAUCUCCACCUGACCUCGCUGCUUUCUGCCUGCAGAUUCAAUAUUACUGUGCAGUCAUCCUGCAGACACUGAAUGACCCAAUUGUAUUCGAUUCUGAAUCUUAAAACCCAAGUAUCUUUACUAUAAAUGGCAGCAACACUAGCUCACUGCAGCAGUUACUGCCACAAGGUAGAUUUGAUGAAUCAAGGAAGGGCAGUUGAGAAUCUGAGCUUUUCAAGCUCAAUUUGUUCCCAAAAAUUUCUUAAGCCCAAGAGGCAGGUGUUUUAUCUGCACAUUACCAAUAAAAUUCUCAGGCUUCGAGUGGAAGUCCAACAGACUAGAUCAUCUCCAAGAUUAGGUACUAAUGGACGAGCUAGGAAAAUGGUACCUGCAGGUGAAGUGGUGAAAAAGAAAAACCCAUCAGUUAGCAAAGUGGAGAUAAUAAAUGGCUCAAAGAGGGUUGUUAAUGGAGCUACCCUGACUACGAUGACUACUGCUCCUGCCUUGAUUAAGACCUCAGGGAUAAAAGACACUAAAGAGCUUUCUCUGAUGGAGGAGCUUAAAGUUCUGCCUUCAGAUGAAGGUUUCAGUUGGGCCAAUGACAAUUAUAGUUCUUUGCAGAGGACUAUAGAUGUUUGGUCUUUUAUUAUUUCUCUACGUGUCCGUGUGCUGUUGGAUAAUGCAAAAUGGGCAUAUUUGGGUCAAUUCACUGAAGAAAAGCAGAAGAAAAGAAGGAAAAUAACUGCAUCGUGGUUACGGGAACGUGUACUGCAACUUGGUCCAACUUUCAUUAAACUUGGGCAGUUAUCUUCAACAAGGUCAGAUCUGUUUCCACGCGAGUUUGUGGAUGAGCUAGUUAAGUUGCAGGAUAGGGUACCUGCCUUCUCACCAAAGAAAGCUAGAGAAUUCAUCAAGAGUGAACUGGGAGCAUCUGUAGACAUAUUGUUUAAGGAAUUCGAAGACCAGCCUAUUGCUGCAGCUAGUCUUGGUCAGGUACAUCGGGCUGUCCUGCAUAAUGGAGAAAAGGUAGUUGUGAAAGUUCAGCGGCCUGGUCUCAAGAAACUUUUUGACAUUGAUUUACGAAAUUUAAAGUUAAUUGCAGAGUAUUUUCAAAAUAGUGAAACUCUUGGAGGUCCAACAAAGGAUUGGGUUGGCAUAUAUGAAGAAUGUGCUACGAUUUUGUAUCAAGAAAUUGAUUAUAUAAAUGAAGGGAAGAAUGCUGAUAGAUUUCGCCGGGAUUUUCGAAAUGUAAAGUGGGUUCGAGUGCCUCUGGUGUUUUGGGAUUAUACUGCAUUGAAGGUGUUGACCUUGGAGUAUGUUCCAGGCAUUAAGAUAAAUCAGGUCAAUUUAAUAAAUGCUCGGGGUUAUAGUAGUUCGAGAAUUUCAUCAUGUGCUAUUGAAGCAUAUUUAAUUCAGAUACUGAAGACUGGUUUCUUUCAUGCUGAUCCUCAUCCUGGAAAUCUUGCUAUUGACACUGAUGAAGCACUUAUCUAUUAUGAUUUUGGCAUGAUGGGUGAGAUCAAAACUUUCACACGCAAGAGAUUGCUCGACCUUUUCUAUGCAGUUUAUGAAAAAGAUGCUAAUAAGGUUAUGAAAAGCCUUAUAGAUCUUGGAGCACUCCAGCCCACAGGAGACAUGUCGUCGGUCAGGAGAUCUGUGCAGUUUUUCUUGGACAAUUUGUUAGGUCAGACACCAGAUCAGCAGCAGACUUUGGCUGCAAUUGGUGAGGAUUUAUUUGCAAUAGCAACUGAUCAACCAUUCCGGUUUCCAUCCACCUUCACAUUUGUUACGAGGGCAUUUUCGACACUUGAAGGUAUUGGCUACACACUCGAUCCUAAUUUUUCCUUUGUGAAGAUUGCUGCGCCAUAUGCACAGGAGCUUUUAGACAUACGACAGAAGCAGCAAAGUGGAACACAAAUUGUUGAGGAGAUAACAAAACGAGCCAAUGAUGCCAGAACCUACACAAUAUCAAUGCCAUACAGAAUCCAGCGGAUAGAGGAGUUUGUAAAACAACUUGAGGCUGGAGAUUUAAAACUGCGUGUCCGGGUUCUUGAGUCUGAAAGAGCAGCUCGAAAGGCAACCAUAUUGCAGAUGGCUACCAUGUAUACAGUUUUGGGAGGAACUUUGCUGAACCUUGGGGUCACCUUCAGCUCUCAAGGCAGUUCAGUCUUCGCAAAUGGAUCUUUUAUUAGUGCUGAUUGAUUAACGGUUUGAGUGCUGGAUCGUUGGACCGAAUGAGGGGACAUCAUUUGGAGAAGGCGGACUCUAGCCUUACCCAAGGAGUGUUGUAACUGGUAUUGUUCCACCUGCCAAAGGAACGUGAUAGUGAAUCCUUUGGUGGUUUUUCCAAGGGCAAGGAUGUAAGCUGUGUCCAAGCCGAACCUCGUAAAAAACCCUGUGUUCUUAUUUCUCUUUCCUACUCUUUAUUUUUCAGCAAAAGAUAUAAUAUGCAUGGUUGCUUUAAAAUUCAAUUGUGAAUGUUUGGUUGUUAAAUAGACUGGUAGGUAAUUUGUUUCGGAUUGAUCAGCAUUGAUUGCGGAAAUCGAAUGGGACUAUGUUGGUUGAUC